CAUUUCAGAUGGUGGUGACCUAGUGUAUUCUGCUUUCCAUUGUGCAGCACUUGAAGAUGAGUAUUCAAUUGGUUUUUCAAGAUCUACUGACUUUUUGCUCAUAUACCUUUGCAAUAACAAAAGACUUGUCCUGAAAAUAGGAUACAAAUAAGAUAAUUUAUCUACUAGUAUUUUAUUAAUACAUAAUGUAUCACAUUUUUUUAUCUAUUUUUGAAAUAUAGAUAACUCGAGUUGUAUAAUAUAUUUAUAAACAACGAGUGAGUAUUGUCAAACUUUUUGUCAAAAAUACUCGCCUGUUUAUUUUGCAUAAUUUCGAUGUUACCAACCCUAACCUAGACAGCAACAUGAUCAUUCGGAGUUUGGAGCACCUCUCGUAUAUAAAGGUUAUGACUGCCGAAAUCCAGGAAAGCACAAAAAAGAUGAAAAAAGAUCGCUCCAAAAAACGAAAAUUGGUAAAUGUAGAAGAAAAACAUGUCGAAGAUGAAGAUUUAGUCGUUAAGGGCAAAAAGAAGACUAAGCAGGAGAAUAAGAAUGGAACUUCUGAGGAAGAAGCACAUCCCAGAGAUAAUGUUGACCAAGCAUCUGAAGAAAAGAUUGUAGAGGAAGAGGAAACAGAAGAAGGACCAGAAUCUAAAAAGAAAGGGCCAUCAAAAAGACAAAUAAAGAAGCAAAAGGCUGAACUACGAGCUUCAAUAGCAAAAGAAUCUAGUAAACAAGAAACUGCUCAGAAGGCAUUAAAUUAUGUUUCCAUGUGGAAGCAUGCUAAGGAUCAGUGGAAAUUCAAUAAGGUCAAACAAAUCUGGUUGAUUGAUAACUUACUGGAUGAGAAGUAUGUACCAGAUGAACAUUAUUCUACAGUACUAGAAUAUUUUGAAGGCAGUAAGGGGCUCGCAAGACAAAAACUAAUAGAUAAGGCAAUGAAAGUUAUAAAAAAGGUAGAAGACAGUGUAGAGGAUGAUGAAGAACUUGUUGAGACAACAGAGUACAAAAGAGCAAGACAACUGUUGCAAGCUUUGCCAAAUGAAACAUGAUUCUAGUUUAUUGACUUGUAUAUAUAAUAAUUUUUUAUUACGUCAAAUAUAGAUGUAUGUAUAAAAUAAGUUUUUAGACAAAAAAAAGACGAUGCUUACUUAUGAUUCUCCAACAUGACAUUUAUAGUUGUUAAAAGAUUCAACAUUAGUGUAUGUACAUAGGAAAAAAAAUUUUACAAUAUUUCAUAAAAUUCUUAACUAUCAAAACAGGUACUUGCAAAAUCUAUGAAUCAGCAUGCUUGCUAACAAAUUUUCUAAGUU